CGGUCCGUAUCCCUGUUUUGACCCACUUGAUACGAGGCGUGAAAUACUGAAAGCCCUCUGCUUGCUUCCUUAGCACAGCUCACGUUCCUUGAGCUCCCAUAAAGUCAGAAGGAAAAACCCACGAUUCCUCAUAAAAAUCAAAACUUUUUUGCGUUUCUCCAAAGAAAUUUGUCAUUUUUAUUAAAUCCCAUCUUCUUCUGUAGUCUCAGAGGGAGAGAGAAUAUAGGCGAGGGAAGAAUUCAUAAGAUGAAAUCGCCAAGAUCGGACGGUCAGAAAUUCAUCAUCCCGUCUUUCUUCUUCAUCGUUGCGCUCUGCGUCUUGGCUUUCAUCAAUGAGAUCAGAUUCGACAGCUUCCUCAGAUUCGGACGAUGCGCUCUCGCCAAUAUCCCCGUCCAGAACAGCUCUUCUUCUUCUUCGGAUAUUCUCUUGUCGGAGAAUGUUAAUUCCUCUUCUUCUUCCGCGGCGGAAGAGAUUCGGAUCCUGAUCGGGAUCUUGACACUGCCCGACCAAUACCAGCGGCGACACUUCCUCCGGCUGGUCUACGGGACUCAGACUCCACCGGAUGGCGCCAAAAUCGACGUGAAGUUCGUGUUCUGCAACCUGACGAAAGAGGAUCAGAAGGUGCUCGUUGCUCUGGAGAUCAUGCGUUACGACGACAUCGUCAUUCUCAACUGCCCUGAAAACAUGAACAAAGGAAAGACAUACACUUACUUCUCGAGCCUACCGGAUCUCUUCAACGACACCGACGGCCCGAAUCCACCGUACCAUUACGUAAUGAAAGCGGACGACGACACGUACAUUCGGCUCGAAAGCCUUGUCGAAUCGCUGAGGCGACUGCCACGAGACGAUCUCUAUUACGGCUAUGUGAUUCCAUGUCCGAGCAUGGACCCGUUCGUCCACUACAUGUCCGGAAUGGGAUAUCUCGUAUCGUGGGACAUCGUGGAAUGGCUGAGAGAUUCGGACAUACCCAAAAAACAUAUCGAAGGACCCGAGGACAAGGUUUUCGGAGAUUGGAUCAGAGAGGGUCGACGUGGCAAAAACCGCUUCAAUGCCAAGUGGUCGAUGUACAAUUUCCCCGAGCCGCCUACGAGGUGCACCCACGAGCUGUGGCCGGACACUAUCGCCGUUCAUUUGCUGAAGAACCAAGAGAAGUGGAUACGGACAUUGAACUUCUUCAAUGUCACCAGCAAUCUCAAGCCCUCCAAACUCUAUCAUAUACCUUGAAUAUGGCAAUCAUUGAUUUGCCCAUUAAUUAGUUAUAAUACAUACCUCAUUGUUUUCUAUUUUUAUUUAUUUUCUGAUC